GGUCGUGUGGCGGCGCGGCCGGAGUCCCCGGAGCCGGAGCGGCCAUGUCGGGCGCGACAGGCGCGGCGGGCUCGGCCCGCAAGCGGCUGCUGAAGGAGGAGGACAUGACCAAGGUGGAGUUCGAGACCAGCGAGGAGGUGGACGUGACCCCCACCUUCGACACCAUGGGGCUGCGCGAGGACCUGCUGCGCGGCAUCUACGCCUACGGCUUUGAGAAACCAUCAGCUAUUCAACAGAGAGCGAUCAAGCAGAUUAUCAAAGGAAGAGAUGUGAUUGCACAGUAAGUGGAAUUCUAAACUGAAGGAAGAGAAUGGAGACGCUUUAUUUUUAAAAAGAUUGUUAGCAACU